AUGAACUAUUUUGUGAAGUUUCAGAUGAACUCCAGGUCAUACAACAAACUGGACACCGCGAAUGACAAAAUGGAUUUUAACACCCGCGGAAAUACCGCAUUCAAUGGCACCUUAGACCGGAAUCAAUCAGGUGUGUCUGCCAAUCCAUCCACAGCAUCCAAACCAGCUGCACACUCGCAGAUCCCAAUGGACUUCAGCACUCGUGAAAAUACAGCGUUCAAUGGCGCCGUAGACCGGAAUCAACCGGGUGUCUCAGCCAAUCCAUCCACAGCAUCCAAACAGGCUGCACACUCGCAGAUCCCUUCGGAUAAGAAACCACGUCCCAAGAAAGAAGAUUUUGCUGACAAAGGAAACCCAAACCACAUGACAAAACGCCUUGUUAAUCCUGCGGAGAGCCCUGUGCUGACACCAACAAAAGCAGCAUCCAGAGGCAUGAACAGUAAUACACAAGAGAAACUUAGUGAUUCCGGUCUAACCAUUCGUCAAGGUAGCGCUGACAGUCCAAGAAGUAACAGCUUGGAUAGCUGCAUGUCCGGCCAUGUCAAGCAUCACACCGGAGGGGACUGCCGAUGGGAGGCCGUCCAGUUGGCCAGCUCCAGGGACUCCCCUCUCAGCCUAGUCCACUUUAGACUUCUGAAGCGCCUUGGAUACGGAGACAUCGGCAGUGUUUACCUUGUGGAGCUCAGGGGCACGGACACGUUCUUCGCGAUGAAGGUGAUGGACAAGGAGUCGCUCAUCAGCAGGAACAAGCUGAUCAGGGCGCAAACGGAGAGGGAGAUACUCGGCCUUCUCGAUCACCCUUUUCUGCCCACGCUGUACACUCAUUUCGAGACCGACAAGUUCUACUGCCUUGUCAUGGAGUAUUGCUGCGGCGGUAAUCUCCAUUCGCUUCGGCAGAAGCAGCUGCACAAGCACUUCUCCGAGCAUGCAGCCAGAUUUUAUGCCUCUGAGGUGUUGCUGGCACUGGAGUACCUCCACAUGCUAGGCAUUGUGUACCGAGACCUCAAGCCGGAGAACGUGCUCGUCCGAGACGGGGGGCACAUCAUGCUGUCCGACUUCGACCUGUCGCUGCGGUGCUCGGUGAGCCCGAUGCUCGUGAAGUCGUCGUCGGUGCACGCAGGCCCCAACGGCAUCGAGAAAGGGCUGACCAACACGGAGGGCGUGAGCAACGGGUGCAUCCAGCCGUCGACGUUCUUCCCGCGGAUGCUGAGCAUGAGCAUGAGCAAGAGGAACCGCAACAAGACCAAGUCGGACCUCAGCCUCCACGGGCUCCAGACCAUGGAGUUCAACGCGGAGCCGACGGACGCCCGGUCCAUGUCGUUCGUGGGCACCCACGAGUACCUGGCGCCGGAGAUCAUCCGAGGGGAGGGCCACGGCAGCGCGGUGGACUGGUGGACCUUCGGCAUCUUCCUCUACGAGCUGCUGCACGGCAUGACGCCCUUCAAGGGGAACGGCAACCGCGCCACGCUGAGCAACGUGGUGGAGCAGCCGCUGCGGUUCCCCGAGAGCCCGCCGGUGAGCAACGUCGCGCGGGACCUCAUCCGGGGGCUGCUCACCAAGGACCCCCAGAAGAGGAUCGCGACCAAGAGGGGCGCCACCGAGAUCAAGCAGCACCCGUUCUUCGAGGGCGUGAACUGGGCGCUUGUCCGGAGCGCGCACCCGCCGUCGGUGCCGGACCCCGUCGACUUCAGGCAGUACCUAGGCAAGGAGAAGAAGGCAGAGCGUGGCCUUGGCACCGUUCCGAGCAGCUUAUCGGCUGGCGCUGUCGCGGCAGCCAAGACGGCCUCCGGCCAGUUCGAGUAUUUCUAG